AUGGCUGAGGGUGUUGUAGCUGAUCAGGUGGACGUGCCACCUCCGCCGCCCUUGAUGAUGAUGAUGACGGCGGCCACGCCGCCGAGCGUUGCCGCUGGCAGCGCCUACACCCUCCUCGCACCCUCCUUUCCCGCGCCUGUCGACCCAGCUUCCCCGGCGCCGCCGCCCCUCCCCACUGCCGCCGUCGCCAAGAAGAGGAACGCUUACCGUCCGCAGAAAGCGGCCACCGUCGGCACGGUGGCCGAGCACAUUCUGGAAGCUUUGGCCGCCACCAAGCAACGCCAGGCCCCCGCCGCCCUGGCCGCCAGGCGGAAAAACGUCUCGGCCGCCGCUUACGACGUGGAGGGGGCCGGUGUCCCGCCCAUGUACCCGACCGCCAGGGCGCCGACCAGCAAAGGGCCGUCGACGCAAGGCGAAGGCGGCCCGGCUCCUCUCCAGGGCGGCACCGCGCCAGAGGCGGGGGGAGAGCUUCAGAAGAGACCCAGAAGUAGGAAAAGGUCUCAGAGAGCGACGUCGGUGGCCAGAAAGCCGCUUAAAAACUCCAAGGGGCCGAAAGCUCUCAAACGUUCGGCGGCCAAGCCGAGAAAAGCUGCUAAGCGGCCGGCAACGUGCAGGCCUGUGGGGCGUAAGCGGGCGACGGGGAAGAGGAGGUAG